AAUUCCUGUUUAAAGAGUAGGUGUGCAAACACAAUCUGUGAGUCUCAACGGACAGACUUGAGCAAAUAGUUCAAGUCCUCAGUUUGUUUAUAUUGUAUGUUGGACCAGGGGCGGACUGACAACUCUGACCAUUCAAGCACUGCCCGAGGGCCCGGGGUCAGUAGGGGGCCCCAUGAAAUGCCCCUGGUACCUUUUAUAGGCUUUUUUGGGUGUGCUUUGAGUGUGGGCAAGGACACAGGGGCCCCAUGAUCCCCUAUUGCCCGGGGGCCCCAU